AUGUCGAAGCCAGAGCUCCCCUCCAAUGGGGCUGGCCACAGCGGCAGCAAUGGUUUUGCUAAUGCCAUCUACGAGGGCACGGCGCCAGGCCUCAGUUCUGGACGCAAGCAGCCCAACAUCCUCUACAUCAUGGCCGACCAGAUGUCCGCACCACAGCUGAAGAUGUACAACCCGGACUCUCAGAUCCAGACGCCUCACCUUGACGCCCUCGCGGCGAGGUCCGUUCAGUUCGACUCAGCCUACUGCCCCUCGCCGCUCUGCGCACCUUCGCGCAUGAGCAUGAUCUCGGGCCAGCUGCCCAUGAAGAUCGGCGCUUACGACAACGCCGCCCAGAUCCCCAGCGACACCCUGACGUAUGCCCACUACUUGCGGCUCCAGGGCUACGUCACUGCCCUCGCCGGCAAGAUGCACUUCGUGGGCGACCAGCUCCACGGCUACGAGAAACGCCUCACCUCGGACAUCUACCCGGGUGAUUUUGGCUGGUGCGUCGACUGGGACAAGCCCGACACCCGUCUCGAGUGGUACCACAACGCCAGCUCCAUCCUCCAGGCUGGCGUCUGCGCUGCCAGCAACCAGAUGGACUACGACGAGGACGUCAUGUUCCAGUCCCAGAGGUUCCUGCGGGACCACGUCCGGAACUCGGAUGAUCGCCCCUUCUGCCUGACAGUCUCACUGACUCACCCUCAUGACCCGUACACCAUCUCCAAGAAGUACUGGGAGCGCUACGAGGGUGUGGAUAUUGAUCUGCCCAAGGUUCACAUCCCCAAGGAAGAGCAAGACCCCCACAGCAAGCGCCUGCUGAAGGUCUGCGACCUGUGGGACGAGAACUUCACCCCCGAGCAGAUCAAGAAGGCAAAGCGGGCCUACUAUGGCUCCUGCAGCUUCGUCGAUGACAACAUUGGCAAGCUCAUCGAGACCCUCGAGGACCUGAAUCUCUCUGAUGACACCAUCAUUGUCUUCAGCGGGGACCAUGGUGACAUGCUCGGCGAGCGUGGCCUCUGGUACAAGAUGAGCUACUUUGAGGGCUCAGUCCGCGUGCCCAUGCUCAUCUCGUAUCCCAAGUGGUUCACACCCCACCGCGUGACCGAGAACGUCUCCACCCUCGACAUCCUGCCCACCAUGUGCGACCUGGUUGGCACCAAGCCAGACCCUACCUUCCCCAUGGACGGCCUGUCUAUGAUGCCGCACCUCCUCGGUCAGGGCGGCCACGACACCGUCAUCGCCGAGUACACAGGCGAGGGCACCAUCGCGCCGCUGAUGAUGAUCCGCCGCGGGGCCUGGAAGUACAUCACCUGCCCUACGGACGGCAGCCAGCUCUUCAACCUCGAGAACGACCCGUACGAGCUCAACGACCUUGCCAAGAGCCUGGGCAAGAAGCGCACAGGCUCCUUGUCCGCUGAGGACCAGAAGGUCCGCGAUGUGUUUGACGCCUUCGAGGCCGAGGCCAAGGAGAGGUGGGACUUUGACGCCAUCACCAAGGCGGUCCUCUUGUCCCAAAGGCAGCGCAAGUUGGUGUGGAAGGCGCUGAAGAUUGGCCAGUUCACCAGCUGGGACUUCCAGCCUGAGAAGGAUGGCCGCAACGAAUACAUCCGCUCUCAUAUGGAGCUUGACAACCUCGAGAGGAUGGCGCGGUACCCGCCCGUCGACAAGUAUGGCAACGCGACCAAGACCGUCCUCGUGGACCAGGCCGGCGCUCACGGAGAGUAAAAGAAGACCACACCAGCACUACACCGCCUGCGACUGUUUCAAAAGCGCGCGAUGCUUUUCUUUUUCAAAAACUUCUGCGAAUGAUAUCCCGGGUGCCUGAAGUUGUGUGAUUUUGGACUUUCUUUUUCACACACAACUUUUUGAAUGACUUUCUUUGCGAACGACAACGACGAUUAUCUUGGAUGUUACGGAUGUUGAUUGGAGCUUUUGAGCGUGUCUCAUUGUAUCACCAGCGGACGCACGAUAUGUCUGGCAGUGUUUCUGCCCUUUUCCUCGCUGAAACUGGCUUUCCUUCUUGCCUUUUCUAUGAACUGUCCUGUUAUUUUAUUAUUUUCCAUCUAUGUUCGGCGUCAUAUUGGCCGAGAAAUUUUUUUUUUUUUUUUUUUUGGGAAACGGAUAAGGGUCUGGUCAGUCUUUUCUUGGUCGGUUUCCAAAAAGCACUGCUUGGACUUGGCUGGUCAGGCAGGUUUAGAACUUAGAGAAAAAUGGACAAUUGGAUAUGCUACAU